ACUGCGUAUUUUCCCCGAAUCGUAGGCCGCGACUGUGCAUGUAGUAGUAACGUCUGUCAAUCGCGUCAGCUGUUCGUUUUUUGAGGUUAUGUCACCAGUCGAUUAAUCGGUAUUCUUUUCUAUUUAUCGAUGCCCGUCGCAAGAAAUGUCCUCCGAGCUCGAAAAAGCGGACAGUCACACGCUAGUUGAGCUAAAAAAACACGUGAAAGCCAACGCCAAAGCCCACAUACUCAGCUGCCUAACGCGACUCAAGGGGGACUCGCAAUGUUGCAAGCGCUUCGUCAAGGCUGGGGGCCUGGACCUCCUGGUGCAGCUGCUGCGCUUCCAGGAUAGCAAGAUCAUGAAUGCCUCGCUCAGCAUACUCGCCAACUUGUGCUUGAACUCGGAUGCGAGGCAGCAGGUGCGGGACACAAACAUCACUUUCAACACAAUAUGGAUAUUAAAAAAUUUGAAAAUGAGUGAAAAUUUGCAAUGUCGAGCUUGCAGACUUAUUGGGAAUCUUGCAGACUGCAGCUGGCAUGCGAAGGCCUUUUAUGAUGCAGGAGUGGUUUCAGUAUUGCAUGACAUCAUCAAAAAUAAAGCUAAUGUUCCAACUUACUUGAUGGCUAUCAGGGCUGUUAGAAAUAUCUGGAGUAUGUGCGAUAGUAGCAGACGGAAAAUCAUUGAAAGCGAUAUUAUCAGAGCAAUCACAGCAAUCUUCAUCGAUGUUGGCAAAAAAUUGCAUGAAAUGAAAUUAAUGGACCUGGCAGAAACCUGCUUGAAAGCCAUGUGUGCAUUUCUGGUUGGUUCUAAUUACGAGUGCGCCAAUCAAAUGUUAGGAGAAAAAGACAAUGAAGGUUUCAAGACACUUGUCUCUUUGUACGAAACGCAAAAUAAAUUGGCCAUAAAAUGUGUGUAUAGUCUGGCCUUGAUACCAGAAUGUCGACCUCCUCUCGGUGAUUGUGAUGCCGUUGAAGUCACCGUCAGGCUCGCGGAUACCUGUUCUUAUUACCAUCAUGAAAUCGUAGCUAGUCUUUGUUUAUUCUGCCGCGAAGCGGUAAAUCGCAUACGAAUCCGUUACUGCAACGGUCUACAGGUCAUGCUGGACCUUCUAAAAAAGGAGGAGAACGAACAGUACCAUCCUGCGUUGCUGCACGCUCUUGCCCAGUUCAUGUACGACGACGAGAGUAUCCUGAUAAUGGUGAAAAAUGGCCUUCUCGACAUACUGGGAAACAAAUUGCAGAUAUUGGCAAUCGAGGCACCAGUCGAGUCGGAAGAGAUAUCGACACCUAGGAAACGCUCGGGAGAUCGGUCGCCGUACAGGAAAGUCGAUGCAAAGUACAACAGAACCAGUUCUGGGAGAUUUAGUCUGGACUAUCAGCAAGACGAUUGGAGCCCCAGAAGUGCACGUAGUGGAUCGUCUACUCCACCUAGCACACCCCCAAUGAAGUUGUUUGAAGACAUAGAAAACUCCGACGAUGAGAAUGGGGAAGAAAAUUACAGUCCCGUUUGUAGCGAUAACGAGUGGGCCGAAAAUGAACCACAAGAAGAAAUCGAAUCUUUGAACAGUUUUAAUUCAACGACGAUAGAACUGGAGGAAACUCAGGAUUGCGGAAAAGCAGGGAAAAACGAAGCCAACAAACAUGUUGGCGCAUGGACUCUUGCAUUGUUGAGCAGAUUAAGUUACUUGGACGAUCCGAUCGACAAGCUCGCCGAUCCAGCUAUGAUAGGACCCCUUGCCACUUACAUUAAAUGCGCAAAAAAUCCGAAAGCUUCGCGAAUACUUAGCAGAAUCGUCAAAAAUCAAGCCUAUCUCAUGCCGCUAAUCAAACAAGGAUUUGUGUUUGAGGCUCAGAAUCUAAGCGGUUCGGAGCAAUACACGCGGCACAUGUGUGCCUUGGCAGAAACGGGUGGUGCUGUUGGUGAGUUACAGUCGAUCCUACUACGCGGUCAGGAGUCUCAUCGCGUUGUCACUGCUGUCUCCAUACCAUUUCUUAUAAAAUCCAAGGAAUUGUUACGCUGCCUGCUCAAAAACCAUGGGGCUUUGCCUCUCAUAUUCGAUAUCUUGUCAAAGAACGAGCACACUUUGUACAAAGAGGCCAUCUGGUCGAUCUGCCAAUUGGCUGACACGCUGGAUGUGCGACCCGAUGCUUUAGACAAGAAUCAGCCUAUCGAUAACUGCUUACUGUCUACCAUGGGUUGCGGUAUGGAGAGUCACACAAAACCGUCUACGGUAACGUUCGAGCUUGAUGACGGUACAACGGUGGAUGCCUGCCGACGGGUGCUAUGUCAACGCUCGGAUGCGUUCUCAGCUAUGCUAGAGGGUAGCUUCUCGGAGUCUGGUAAGAGACGGGUCAAGCUUAAAAACACUUCAAAAGAGGGCCUUAACACUCUUCUGCUUGCGGCAAACGGUUCGGCAUUCCAAAAUCGAACAAUCGAGUCGCUUCUGGAUGCCGUGCUGUUAGCGGACAAGUUUCUCAUGGCCGACGUCUCUGAGUUGCUCACCGAAAGCUCAAUGUCCAAGCUGAACCACGAGAACUUCAGCAGAGCUUGGUCCUGGGCUCGUAAUAACGACUGCCACGAGCUUAAGGUGUGCUGCGUCAAGAGUUUCCUCACAACCAAGAUGACAAGGUCUGAACGCCUUCGGGCUUUUGCAGACUUUGCCACCUGCGACAGCUUCAAGGAGUUCCUCGACGAGGUUAGGGACAUUAUUACCAGUGUACUCGCUCAACGCUGAGCAAGCUUUCUGUCGUUACGCAGGGACGAGACCGGUUUUCUGUGUCCCUUAUUGACGAGCAGUAUGAUUUUAGAAGCAUGGGUUUUCAAGUGAAUUUCUUCGAAUUUAGUUCUAAAUUUUAGAUUGUCGAAAAUUUUUUUGAACCAUUAGAAGCCUUUGUAAUUACUUUUUAUUCUUAAGUUGUCUCGAAUCACGAUUAUGUAGACUGAAAACCGUGCUCGAAAAAUCAUGAAGCUAGUUUUUUGACAUGACUCGUAAAAUAUUUCAAAAGGUACAUGGAAGCCAAAUAUGUAAAAUUACACGUGAUUUUACUAUCCGGAGCCUCCGUGUAGUAAUAUCAGUUUAUUUUUUACAGAAUUAAGAAAUAAAUCGCGAAACUUAAAUUUGAACCGAAUGUCUUUGUAUAGACACUGCAUAAAAACGAUUUUUUAUUGUAAUUAGCUUGUUGAAAUUCGGAAUUUAUUCAAAUUUAGGGUUUCGCGAUAUCAAACGAGUUGUAGUGAAUUACACUCAGAAACUUCUUAGGCAGGAGUUACGGCACUAAGAAAAAUGCUCGACUGAAAAAUUUUACUAAGUCAAGCAAUAAUUUUUAACUAUUUAACGAGUUACUUGUGAUAACAAAAGCACACUAUCUGUCAAUGUUUAAUGAAGCAUUUUUCUCGGUGCGCUUAUGUAUUUAUAUUUAUAACAAUGUCAUUUGGAAGAACUUUAGAACAUGAACUUUGGAAUAGACAUCAUAUUUAUUUUCAGUUCAAUUUAAGAAUUUUUACAAAUAUUGCUAUAAUUGUGUAUAAAAAUAUACGAGAAGAAACUUUUGAAUAUAAAAUUCUUGUAUUACAUGGUUCGAGCUAUAUCUCUCUUACUCUAACAUAACUAAUGAGCAUUUAAAAAGAGUGUGUUCAAUGUUUAUCCUUCUUAUGCAACCAGUUUUAUUUUUAAUUUCAUGUUCGUUUAUGGUCUUUCAAGUCAUAUUGAUCACUAUAGCUGUUAAUACUUUACAUCUUAUUAACUAAAAAUGGAUUAUUUUUAUUAAUUCAUAUUGCGUUGAGGCUGUUAUCUAUUAUAAUCAAAUACAUAUGUAUUAUUUGAGUUAAAAACCGUAAUUUUAUACAUAUAUAUAUAUUGAUGUACAUUGAUGUAAAACUAAAAUUCAUUUGCAGAUUAGAAAAAAUGAAAUUCUUAUUACGAACGUAUACAUGACGCAAUUAAAAUACGUAUAAGAGUUAUUUGGUCUAAUUUUAAACAUUCGAAACUUGGUUGCCAUCUAAGAUCGCAUAUAUGUUUUACGUGAUUUUCUCUCCAAGCAAUACCGUAAUCAUUAUGCAUAAUUUUUAUGAGAUGCUUUUAAAUUUAAAUAUUAUGCGACUUUUAAAGUCCAAUAGUUAUAUAACAUUUUUGUUUUAAUGAUCUACGAAUCGCGAUGAAUUAUUGUUGCAGUUUUGAAGAAAAGAUCAAAAAUAGUUUUUAGAUUAAAAUUUCGGUAAAUUUUCAUCAAAAUAAGGACCCAGAAACUUUUUUUCUUAUUGUGAAUCGUAGCUCAAACCAAUCGUGUAAAUAAUAACUCCAAUGUGAGAUUAGCAAUCACCUUACGCUCGAUAAAAAGAUAUAUCGGAUAUAUCUUCGGGUACUUUUAUUACUGGGCAAGACCCUCUGGAUUGUUAUUGCAAAAUGAGCUUAAAGAUUGGAUAAAAACUUGUUUCUAAAAUGUUGUAUUAUGUAAUUUUUAAGGGCGUCGUUUUAUAUACACAAUAAUAAUAAUGAUGAUAAUAACAAUAAUAAUAACAAUUCAUAGAAUUUUAAACAAUAGAAAUUUCUCUAAUACGUUUACCAAAAUCGUAUUAGGGACAGCAAUUUUCCUUGUUUUAGCGGUACACAUAUAUACAUAUAUAAAUAAAAAAGAUUAAAUUUUUCUGCAUUUUUACGUUGCGAUUUUAAGAUAAUUUUUCUAUUUACCUGAAAUUGUAUUAUACAAGCGAUAUAUAAGUAAACGAUUCGAAUAUUAA